AUGAUGGAAUCGGAUGAUUAUUUUUUGCUGAAUCGAGAGCUUGGAUCCGCUGAAACCUGCGCAGCAUGGAGACAAUCUACACCAGCCCUGUUAAUGGAAAGCUGCAGAUCGCAAGGACUAUUGGACACAAUCAGCUGCCCAUUUGUUGGAACAAUUAUAGUGCAAUCUAAGCGGCCUGGCUUAGGAGCAAAUGGCCUCAACGAACAACCUCCAUCCAUCUCUGUCAACAACCAGCGCGUUCACCUCACUCCAAGUCUUUCCUCCCUGCUCCGCCACAUUCAGCAACGAUCUCUUCUAGAUGAUGUGAGGUAG